AUGCUGAGCUCCGCCACCUGGACCCUGAGCAGCGCCGCGGGACCGGGCUCCAGGGCUGGGACAGGCAGGCCACGCUCGCUCAAAGCCUGCCCUAAACAGCUCCGACCCCUCCAUCCCUGGCGGAAGCUCCAGGGGCCUUCAGAUGUCUCCUGCGGGGGCCCAUGGCUUGCCCCUUCCCGCACCUUCCCGCACCUUCCCGCACCUUCCCGACUGAGGCGGCCCGUGCAGCCAGCCGGCCUUCAAAUCAAAGAUGGAAGAGAAAAUCAAAUUUGGUAUUUGAAAAUAUCAAAACUAGCAUUGGCUUUUGCAAUUAUCCAUUCAAAGCCACCAGGGAAGAGUUCCAAAGAAUACACAGAGUACCUUGCCAAAACUGUAUCCGAACAAGAUUUUGGAUGGAAAAGGAAGGUGGAAGUGCUGGAAGCCGAAGUUCUUCGAUUACGCCAGGAACUUCUUUUGAACCGGAUCUCUCCAAGAUUCUGCUUGGAAAACAGAAAACAGGAUGCCUCUGCUGAAACUCUUCUGGGUCAGGAAUCUGUAAACCCUGCAAGUUGCUCAAGCCAGCUAGAAGAUUCUGGAUGUGAUGUCUGUAAUGACUCUGCAUUUGAUUCUUUAGGCAUAGCUUCAGAUUUUCACCAAUCUGAGCAUAAUGUCAACACUUCUAAACAUUGGUUGGAAAGAGUUCCCCCACUGAAUUUUUGCCAUACUAGCAAGGAGCAAUCCCUGACUGCUCCAGUGCAUUUUUUGCAAUGUUUGCUUGAAAUAAGGAAACUGUCAGAAGGAGGAAUUCUUCAAGCGGACUUCUCAGAGCUUGAGAAUGAUUCUUUCACCAUAUGCAAUUCAGUGUCUCAGUUGCUUGAUGGACUGACUGUUUUUUACAACAGUCCUAAAUUCCCAUCUCCAAGUUUCCUUAAUGAAGGAGUUUGUGUUUUGAUCAGUUUAAUAACUGAUACUAAAUUAUCCAAUCAUGUUUUGAAGAAAUGUUUCAAGAAGAUGGAAGAAUUUAAGAGAAAUCUAAUUAAAAUUAUUUUAAGAAAUAGGAGUGUCAAUAGGUUUCAGGCACUGAAUUCUGUAUCACAAAUGCUGGGUUUGCUGGGAAGGAAUAGCAUACUAAGGAAUUCUUUAAUAUCUCUUCUUCUAUCAGAAGUCCGUCGGUUUGCUGAGCAGUUGUUGCAGGCUCACCAGGUCCAGUCUGUGUAUGACAUCACCCAGUAUGAGAAUAUGUUUCUUUUGUGCAUGAUUCUGGAACAACUUCUUCAAAAUGAGGCAGAAGAAAGUAACAUUUCAAGCUCAGACUAUGGAGGAGAAGAAAAAAUCAAAUUUCUGAAGAACCUUGAUGAAAUUAUUCUUCAUCUCUCAGAUGAAUUCCCUUUGUUUUCUUUAUAUUUGUGGAGAGUGAGUGUUCUUUUGAACUCAGGUCAAAUGCAAAUUGAUUAAAACAAGCAGCCUACUUUUUAACCAUGCAUUUGUGGUGGGAUUGCAUUGGAGAAUUUUCAGGCCAGACAGGGCCUUAUUGGGAAACAUUUACUUUAAACUACUAUUCUAUACAGCAGUUUCAGAGAUAAUGCAAUUUAUUUCAAAUUUUGAGUGUAGAAAAA